AUGUCUACAGAGCCAUCAGUUGAUGACAUCUUGAAUUCCAUUGCGGAAUCCUUGCCACCUAACUUCUUCAAACCUCCUACGAAGAAACAAAAAUUUGAUGAUUCCAUCGGCGUGUCAACUGAAGGAAUAGAUGAGUUCGGAAUAAAUCGUAAUCCGGAUAAUGUCCCAGAGAGUGUAUGUGAACAAAAGCUACAUACUGCAGCCCUGGCAGGAUCUGCCUUCACUCCACACCACCUGAAUGAGAUAAAUGCACGCAAAGAGACUCUUCAGUUUGAGCCAGUCUCACUCGUCCCAACAAUUCCAAGUGAAGCCCAAUCUAAUCCAGUCGUCAAGUCAGAAUCUGAUGCUAUGGAGAUGCAAAGACGCAUAAACGCCCUCCUCUCGAGUAUUGGAUGUCAAGUUCAACCAUGCAAUGAUAGUCUUGCCAGAACUUACCCUGAUUCCGGGCUUACAUCAGAGGGCACUCAUACAGCGGUUGGGAUUGAUGUAGGCGGAAGUUGGGGCUCGCAAAAUCCAAAUACAACUUCAGAGUAUGGGCAUCAAAAAGGUUUUAAGCACCGUGGGCGAUCAAAAACUCAUAACCAGGAUUGGUUUGUUGAUUACUAUGAUCCAAGCUUCAACCAAAAUCCAUGGGAGAAGCUUGAAAGGCAAUACGGUAUGUAG